UUAGAUACAUCCCCCCCCCUAUAAAUAUUGCUUCAACCUAAGGUCUCGUAUUGUUUCUCUUUUAACUCCCUCUCUGGUAGUAGAAUCUUUCCCAAAAAAACAAAAAUGGUGAUUCUGAGGAGAUCAAAUGGUUACUCAAAGGUGGAUAAGGAAGACCCAGAGGAGAUAAUCCAUCGACGAGCUCAGUUCUUGAUCCACAAAGUGCUGGAGCGAGCAGAUUGUAGAAGAAAACCAUCGUUUCUACGAAUCAGACUGUGUAGGCUAAAGGUGAAGAUCGGGAGAAGAUUGAAGAAGUUAAGGAAGAGUGCGUUGGUUAGUAUUUCGGCAGCAAGAACUGGUGUUUACAAGCAGGUUAUGGAUCAAUUGAAAACAUGGAGACGCUUGUUUAACCCUGCUAGUCAUCAUGGAACCAUUGCCACCCUUCCUCGCCCUUUGUUAACUUGAAACAUAUAUAUAUGUGGCCUUUAUAUUAUACACAUUUUCUCUGUGUUUUUUUUUUUGGUAAAAUAUAAGAAUGAUUCGUGUUUUCUUCUUUUUGGCAAUAACAAGUUUCUUCUUCUUUUUCCUUUCGUA